CUACGACGAUGAACUCUUUCGCGAGCCGCUUUUCAAGGACUGAGGCGGAUAUCGAGGUUCAGAAUGCAAGGAGGCUCGAAGAUGACAGUGCGGACAUCUCCAAUGCCAUGUGGGGCUCACAAGCUGGCUUUGGGAACUUGGUGAACGGAACGCAUUCGUUCGAUGUCCCCUCGGUUGCAGAUCCUGCGGCAUUUUUGAGAUUACACACGGACGACCAUGCCGAUCCCAAUUGCCGAAUCAAGAUCCAGCACGGAACCACAACCCUUGCCUUCCGCUUUCAGGGAGGUGUCAUCGUCGCUGUAGACUCUCGAGCUACUGCGGGAAGCUACGUUGCAUCUGGUACCGUGAAGAAGGUGAUCGAAAUCAACCCCUACUUGCUCGGCACAAUGGCUGGCGGCGCAGCCGAUUGUCAAUAUUGGGAAACAUAUCUCGGUAUCCAAUGUCGCUUGCACGAAUUGAGAAACAGAGAGCGAAUAUCAGUGGCCGCUGCGAGCAAGUACCUCAGCAAUCUUGUAUACAGUUACAAAGGAAUGGGUCUCAGCAUGGGUACCAUGAUUUGCGGUUGGGACAAGACAGGCCCAGCAUUGUUCUAUGUAGACUCAGACGGCACGCGUUUGAAGAGUGAUCUGUUCUCCGUCGGGUCUGGGAGCACAUUUGCGUAUGGUGUGCUUGACCAAGGCUACCGGUGGGACUUGACAGAUGAAGAAGCACAAGAGCUCGGGAGGAGGAGUAUCUAUGCUGCAGGACAUCGCGAUGCCUUCUCAGGCAACAGUUGUAAUUUGUACCAUGUGAAGGAGGAUGGUUGGAAGUUCAUCGGCAAUUAUGACAUCACGAAACUGCACUACGAGGGACCAGGAGAUGAUGUGCCAGGUGCACCAGGCGGCGGAUAUGGGUAUGAAGUCCGCACGGGUGGUCAAACUUCGAUUAUCCCUCUUGCAGUCCCCGCCUAAACGUGUACUGUAUUUUGUACUAUAUACGCCGUCGCGGCCCAUGAACGGCAGGCGUUCGGGGUGCCCCUUCCGUUCCAAAAGACUAGGUGAAUACUAC